AUGAAGAAAAAACAAUUUUUCCAAAUUGUUGAAAAUAACGAUUUGUCUGCACAGCCCGAAAAUUCGUCACUUGAUUUGUCCGCUCUGUCCGAAACUUCGUCGCUUCAUUUAUCAUCUGCACGGUCGGAAAAAUCGCCGCUUAAUUUGUCAGCGAAUUCCAUUGUAGACUUUGAUAAGUCGGAAAAAAAAAAAAAACUCAAUUUAAGUGAAACACAGCUUUCUCACAAUUCGCAUGAUAUUUUUAAUAAUGUCACCAAGAGGAAUGCGUUAAAUUUCUUAGGUUUGCAUAAUAAAACAAAAAAUGUUCAUAAUUUCCAGGGGAAAAAUGAUGGACGUGAAAAGAGCAUUCACGAUCCACAUGUGAAAAGUGUGAACCAUGAGGUGGUUCAUACCCCUGGAAUAAAUACCCAAGGUGUAAAAUAUGAAAAUGGUCAGUGUAUACCAAAUGAGUUGUCACCAUGCACGGUGAAGUUUACGCCUCCAAAUGAGGGUGACAACAGUGGGGACAAUGCGCGCGGUGAGGAUGGCCCUAGUACACCCCUUAGCAGGGGUAACUAUGAAAGACAAAACAAACACAACAACCAUUUUUACUGCUUGAAACAAAUUAUUCACAACAAUUUAUAUAAUAACUACGACAAAAGUGAGGUGAAAAUUUUCAACAUUUAUCAUGAUAAUAGGGCAGAUUGUUUAUUUAAUGAUGCAAGUGUAAUAAAAUUUUAUGGACAUGAAAAUGUAUGCAUAUAUGAAAAUAACAGCUACAUAUGUGAGGAAAUAAACGCUAACUUGUUCCAUCAAAAUGGGCACACAGAAAAGGAAAAAGAAGACUGUUUUGACGCACAUACGGACAUUUAUGAAUAUUUGUACAAGGAAAAAAUGAAACUGAACAGUGCAAAUGAAAAAGACAAGGGGAAUUAUGUUCAGAAUGGGAUAAUAACGAAAUCUGGCCAUUCUCACGAGCAGGUGCAACAGUGUUUCCAAUUUUAUAUGCACAAGUAUCCACCUUUCUUAAGGGAAAAAAUAAAAAUAUUCAUACAUUUAUAUAACAUGUUUAGCAUAUACCCCUACAUCAAUCACAAAUUUGUUGAAGAAGAAAUAUAUUCGAGAAAUUUAAAAAUUUCCUCGUCCUUUGAAAAAAAUGUGCACAUAAAAUGGCGUUUUUAUGGUGAAGAUGAAUUAAGAGAAAUGCUAAGUCGCGCUGUGCUAAAUAGAACAAGGGAACACUCGUUGCAGGAAAGUUUUUUCCAGGUGGACGAUUACAUCGGUGUAAAUUUUUUAACUCAAGAAGUAAAAGUGCGCGAUGCGGGUCUCCUAAACCAUGGUGAUGACGCAAAUAAUCACUCCAACUACAUUCUUCUAAACGGCAAUGGGCUGUGCUUUUCUGCUUACUACCAUUUAAUCGUCCCGUACCACAGGCACAUUAACGAAAGCGCAAAGGAGGUGGACAAAAAGAAUAGUGAUUACAAUUUAAGUUAUGAAUAUGUCUACCUGUCGCAGCUAUUUAACAUUUACGAUAAUUUUCACGUGUGCUUUUUGUAUCCCUUAUUUGUCUCAUACUUUUUUUAUUACCACUUAUUUUUCAAGGGAGAUGGUUGCGCGAGUGCAGCUCCUCCUCCUUCGCUUUCACCUGCAACAGAAUUAUCUGUCUCAGAAAGGAAGGGUCCGCAAGAUGGGGCCUAUAACAGCGCCUGCGAGGAGGUUUACACAAACCAGAUAAGCGACAUAUAUACCAAAUUGACGAAUUGUGUGAAGCGAACCAUUUCGAAUACGGAAAGUGGGAAUUUCAAGAUCAAGGACGGUGUCAUUGAAUUUUUAGUUCCACAGAGUUGUUACAAAAAUUGUGAGGAACCGGAGUUUCUCGCGGACAAAUCUCACCACCUACCCCUGCUCUACGUCGUAUGCGUAAGUAAGCACAGCGUGGGAGGUGUUAAUUAUGGUAUCCACCAUAGUGGUAACGAUAAUAGCGCGUGGAGAGCACGUGUAGAAAACAAUCUGAUUACCUUCCCCUCGAAAUCCGCAAGCGUAAGCUGCUACCAGGAGUAUGGUCACACACACCCCAUGCACACCCCGGGGGGUUAUUCUAGUGAUAAGGCCCUGUAUCAAACAAAGGCAUACGGAAAGCAGUGGGCGUGGGAACCCCACGACAACAACAUAUGCUGCAAUGAAAUUAAAGAAUUCAACACCUUGCGAACAAUUUUCCCAGAACAUAUGAAACAGUAUUUUAACACAUGCAACAAAAUUGAUAACAUCAUAAAAGUUAGCGUAAGGAAUGAUGGUGUGUGUUUUAUGUAUAUAAGGAACAUCCUGAGUGAGUAUAUUUUCUUUUCGUAUUUCAUCCUAUUUAACGCGUUGGAAAAUCUUGUUCACUUAAUGAAUAAGGGGACGGACGGUGGAACUCAUGGGGGGAAACACUGGGGAAGCCUUCAUCAACAUGGUGGGGCUGCGGGGUAUAACAAAGCAAGUGGGGGUUUACUCAAUAUGGAUCCUAUUCAACAGUGCGGCAAUUUGUAUAACAAUAUUUUUGAGGGCCCCCCUGUGUGCUAUCAUAGAAAUCUGGAACACCGUGAAAACGAAGCAGUCGCCUUUGCAAACAUCGACCAUACAUUCGAAAUGAGCAACAUAAACAACAUUUACAACGACUUGUACAUUUGCGAAAAUAAAAAAAUGAACACCUUUAAGCUAAUUAACAUAAUGAAUAGGGAAAAGAAAAAAACAUUAACUGCGUAUUAUUUCGAGAACAAGGAAUUAACGCCGAUUUUCUUUUUACGUUUGUCCAACAUACAUAUUUAUGACAUAAACAGACAACUGAAUUCGGUUUUUGAAUAUAUAAAUUACAAUAACAAAACUUUUACCCCUUUUUUAAAAAAGUACGCAAAAUACGAAAUGAAUGUUCAGCUCGAUUUGCUAGAAAAUAUGUACAACAUUAACAACGAAUUGUAUUUGCUGUAUACAAAAAAAAUUAAUUACUCUCACGAUAUUUACAAAUAUAAUUACCUGUACGUACAGGAUUAUUUAUUAAAAAAUUACAUCCUAUAUUACAAUAUUUAUUUUCGGGUACGUGAUGAAAUGAAAAAGAAUGAAUACUACAAGCUGAAAUACACCAACAGGAAUAAACAGACCAUAUGUGUCCACUUCACCGUUUCGUGUAAUUUUGUCUAUGAUAGGGUGAAUUCUCAUUUUGAGCUGAAGCCAAGUCAUUAUAUAACACACCUCGAGUCUGAAUCCCCCCCCGAACAAAUUGAUGUGGCAAAUUACGUUGCGUUUAUUAGCAAGUAUGUGCACAGCAAAUACGUAAAGUGA